AUGAACAUCACCACUAAGACGGGCCUGAUCGCGUCCCCGCGGAAGCGCAUUGUGCGCCCGCGGAAGGAGUUCGAUCCGGCCAUCCUGGCACCGUGCGCCAUCACGCGCCAGGUGCCGCUAGCGCUGCGCCCCUUCGGCGGGCUGUACAAUCCCUACUCGAAGGGCUGCUCGGUGCUGUGCAACCAUCCGGCGGCGCAGGAGGUGAAGAACGUCGUCCGGCUGGCAAAGGACGCGUGGAUCACGGAGGCGAAGGUGGCCAAUCUGCACGGGCACGCGGCCGGUGGGCUGACGACGACGGCGGCGAUGGCGACGGCGGGGGCCGGUGCGGAGCGCAAGGGCGCGGCGAUGGCGGUCGACGCGGACGGGAAGGUGCUGCUGGCCGGCGACGGCGAACUGCCGGAUCACGUCCCGGAGGAGUUCUUUCGGCGCUACACGGACACGGAUUCGCGACCGCUGACGCCGACGCCGACGGUGGCCAGCGGGCGAACGCGUGCCAGUGUCGGCGGGUCGCAUCUGACGCGCCGGUGCGUCACGCCCGAGCCGCAGACGGCCAACGGCCAGGAGCGCAAGCAGCUGAUACUGGACCUGCGCCGCAGCCACAGCCAGGAGACGCUCUACUGGAACGCGUCUUCCGAGCUGAGCCCGAGCCAGCUGCAGGACGGUGGCGGCUGGGGUGGUCUCGGGCAUCGCGCUGGUGCUGGCGGUGGAGGUGGAGGUGGAGGUGGAGCUGGUGGUGGUGGUGUUAGCGGUGCUGGUGACACUGGUGGCAGUGGUGCUGGUGGCGCUGGUCCCGCUGCCCAGUCGGCCGUCGCGGACGAUACCGGAAGAGCCGCGGCCGCUGCUGGAGGCGCAGGCGGAGACGAGAUGAAGCUGCGAGGCGAGUCCGAUACCGAGUACGGUGGCCGCCCGCCCGGGCAACCGAUGACGUGUAUCAACGCGAUGGACGAUGGGGAAGAGGACCCACCGAGGCGGCGCGGCAAGCGGCGCAAGAAGUCCAAGCAGCUCACGCAAACGAUCAGCUUCGUGCCGAACCAGGACCCGGAAACGCAGAUCGCCAAGAUCGACCCGGACUCGCCGAACUACUCCGCCCGGCCGUCGCUCGUGCCGACCGGGAAAAGCUUGCUCAGCCACGCGCAGGACCUUACGCCCCCGGCCGGCUUCGGUGUGCUGCCGGGGGACCAGGGAGCUGGGGAUGGACAGCCGGCGGAAGAGGACUGCUUUUUGGACGAAGAGUCCCUUGGGUUGCUUCGCCGCGGGCUCAACAUAGACAUCGUGGAAGUGAUUUUCGAGCGCUACAAAGGACGUGCCAUACGGGAAGCCUUCCGGACGGCGACGAUGGAUAAGCUCAACUUCCAAACCGAAGCCGUGCGGACUCUGCAACGAUCGAUGAAGGAGAUGAGCGACGUCGACUACGAGAAGUGGAUCGACCUGCCGCGGAAGUACUCGCGCUCGUCGGCCCGAUUCGAGCUGCCUAUCGAUACCCGCAAACUAACUCGUAUGACGCCUAUCGAGUACUUGCACGAUUACGUCGUGUUGAGCGGUGAUCGGAAACAGCUUUAUCAUCGAAUCUUUGUGCGCAACCUGCCCCGGGAAGAACCGAAAUCGUCCGGCGGUACGCUGGAGAGCAUCGACAGUGACUCGCUGCCAGAGACGGAAACGGGCCCCAUCGAAGUGGACAGCAUGCGGAACCUGCUCGCAGAUGUAACCCGGUACAUCCCGAUGGAGUACUUCGAUCGGGCGCUGCACGAGGCUCUCGGGUUCCACGGCACGCCUGAGCGAAUCGCCGCCAUCCGGGAACUGCUCGAGCUGAACUACGACCCAUUCCACGAGCUGCAGAUUGACUUCAGGACGUGGUGCGGCAUAGUGGCGUUUGCGGAGCGGUACAUCAACACACUCGACCGGGAACAGGAUCCGUGUGAUGAGCUGGAAAUGGUUGACUUCGAGUCGCUGGAGCGGCGUGUCCGCUGGGCGCACCCUAGCGAGAGCCUCUGCCAAGUGUUACACAUUAUCAAAUACCAAUAA